AUGACCUCCGAAGCUUUCAGCCUCUCGCCUACAACGGCAAAUCCACCGCAGCGAUCAACGAUCCUAAUCACAGGCGGCGCAUCCGGUAUUGGUCUGGCAACAGCACUCUUCCUGCACGAGCCUUGCUUCAAUAACAACGUUGUCUGUCUUGACCGCGCUUCUUCUCCUCCGCCUGUCAAAGGGCUCAAGGACUCUCCGCGGUUUCUCUACGUGCAGUGCGAUGUGACGAACUGGCGGUCACAGCGAGAUGGUUUCGCCCAAGCUGCGCAGCACUUUGGCCGUCUUGACUGCGUCUUCGUGAACGCGGGCGUCGCCGAGAUGGGUGAGCAGAUCUUUACCGAUCACCGCGACAGCGACGGCGGGCUCAAGGAGCCGGACCGGCGAACCAUUGACAUCGACAUCCGCGCCGUAGGCGAUAGCUUAAAGCUCGCAGUGUACCAUCUGCGAAACGACUCCGGCCAUGGCGGCAGUAUCGUGAUGACAGCGAGUUUGGCCGGCUAUCUUGCGUCCGCAGGCGCGCCUUUGUACUCUGCUGCAAAGCAUGGCGUGGUCGGCUACUUGCGAGCGCUCAAAGGUGACUGCGCCAAGGUCGGCAUUGCCCUCUCGGUUAUUGCUCCAGGUAUCACACUGACACCCAUCGUGCUUGGCCGGGAAGACGGCCAGAGCAUCGAAGAUUGGGGCAAGGAAAUGGCCGGUCGCGGCGUGCCUAUCAACAAUGCUGAGACCAUCGCGCUAACGGUAGCCCACCUUAUGGGCCUCGGCAUGAAGGCGAACGGCAGCGGGUACCUUAUACAGUCCAACAGAAUCCAGGAGAUUGAGGGUGGCAUUGCCAAGAGCAGAGCGCAGUGGAUGGGCAAGGAGAUGCUGGACCUGUUCCGCGGCGGCCGCGACGCACCCUUGUUCCCGAAUAAGCUUUAG